ACAGAUCAGACAGUUGAAACGUCACUCCCAUCAAGCCGCUUAAACAGCAUGUCUGUUGUCGAGGACCAUGACAUGGGAGGUAACUCUAUCAGCUUCUUGGAGGUCGAUGGCUUUCGGUAUCCUCUGGUUGACCCAGAAACAAUCAAGGGUUUGCCACAGAUGAAGGUGAAAGACGACGAUAUCUUUCUUCUUGCAUAUCCCAAAUCAGGUACCCACUGGCUCUGGGAAGUGACAUCCAUGUUGCUCCAGGGAAGUGCGAAUGCCAUCCCUCACAGCAAGAGUGAGCUCAUGGUGGAAUUCCGGACACAGGAAGUCAUUGACGCCUUCCCAGCAUCCCCUCGUGUCCUCAACACGCAUGUCCGGUACAACCAACUUCCGUUACAAGCCAGAGAGAAGAAGUGUCGGCUUAUCUAUCUCCUGAGAAACCCUAAGGAUGUUGCCUUGUCCUACUAUCACCACCAUAGGUCUUUCAAGAAAGUUUACGGAGGGUACAGUGGAUCGUUUAACGAUUAUCUCCCUUUCUUCCUGGCUGGGAAAACGGACUACGGUUCCUGGUUCGACUCUGUUCUCCAGUGGGAGGAGGACAUCAAGAUCCAGCGAGACAGACAUCCAAUACACAUUAUGUCAUAUGAAGACAUGAAGCAGAGCCCCGUGGAAGAAAUACGGAAGUUGGCAGGGUUUCUGGGAGUACCUGGAGAUGACUCACUAUACAACGCCGUGGCGGACAAAUGCUCUUUCGAGGAUAUGAAGAAAGAGAAGGAACCACAUGAACCUAAGUUCGUGUAUCGGAAAGGGGAGGUGGGUGACUGGCAGAACUGGUUGACACCAGAUCAGAACGAAAUUUUUGACAAGCUGUUCCAUGAGAACAUGAAGGACAGCAAGUUCAAGGACAACAUCAGGUUCACUCUACCGUAAACAGGGGUGACACCAGGGUGUGUGAGUUUGAUCUCUGGUAAAGUAACCAAGUAUAGUAACCAAGAACUACGAUGCAAUUGGACUGCAUGCACAUAGCCAAAGCAACACACGGGACCCUUAAGCAGAUUAAGCUGCUAAACUGUAGCCAUGUACGGCUCCAUAGACAAUACUCAGGAAUCGGCAUUACGGUAAAAUCACACCGAACAAGCAGUUGAAAUGUGUGAUUCUGCUGAAAACGUAAGUUAUAGUGUGCAGUUGCAGGUAGAGUAUAUUUACAAUAUAUACAUUGUGAUUUUCUUACAUACCAGUUUCAUUCUUAAUGUGAUAAUUACAUUUAAAGAUCUUGAAGCAUAUUGUUUUGUGUUUGUGUUUAAGCAAACAUAACAGGAUAACAUGUUUGUGUGUUAUUCUCUGCCUUCAUGUGGCGGUUGAGCUGUCACUGCCAUAAUGAAGGAAGGGGGAACGCCCAGGUCAGAGUGUAGGCUGAAUAACGGAAACGACAGAUUAUUUGCUGAUUCAUAACAAGCUUAUUAUACGACAGUGCUGAACUGGGGAUAAUGUUGAUAUGAUAGCACACAUGCCCAGGACACAAACGACGUUAAUGGAGUAUUGCACAGAAUGAGUGAGUAAGUAAAUUGGGUUUAACGCUGCUUUGAACAGUAUUUCGUUAUAUCAUGGCGUGUCUUGAUGUGAGAGGAAAGUCCACAGCCAAUUGCAGCAUCUCAGACGACUAUGCCAUCCUUGCCCCUAUACGGGUUAGAUGACCCAGAGUAAUAACUUUUCGGUAUUUGCACAUGUCAUUUUGUGAUUCUUGAUGUUGAUUGGACAGCUUUAAAUAGACAAUGUUCCAUUAGAAAGCGGGACUAGUUUUAUUCUCACCGGUGUCCAUUCAUACAUUUUACAUGGUACAUGCAUAUGUUGUACUUGCUACACUCUCCUGUGUUCGAUAUUUUCAACAAAGAUUCUAUCAACU